AUGUACUGUGAGGUAGUGAUUGCUCAUGUGAGAGCUGCUCACGAGAAACUGGACAAGGCUGAGGGGGGCAGGACGCUCCGUCUGACACACACGAGGGCAGCAGAUGAGGGUCGGUUCACUUGCGUGGUGACCAAUGCUGCGGGAGAAGUGAGGAAGGAUUUUUACCUUUCUGUUCUAGUGCCUCCAGGGAUUGUGGGUGAAAAUAAAUUGGAAGAUGUGAAGGUGAAAGAGAAGCACAGAGUUACCCUAACAUGUGAAGUGAUAGGGAACCCUGUACCACACAUCACCUGGAUGAAGGAUGGGCAGUCUCUACCUGAGGAUGAAAAUCACAAGUUUCUGUCCAGUGGGCGUUUCCUGGAGAUCACAAACGCUCAGGUCACUGACACAGGGAGAUACACAUGCAUUGCAUCCAAUACAGCUGGAGAUAAGAGCAAAAGUUACAGUCUUAAUGUACUUGUGUCUCCAACCAUUGUGGGUGUGGACAGCCAUGGAAAUGCAGAAGAUGUCACUGUCAUCCUCAACAGCCCGACAUCGCUGGUUUGUGAGGCUUACUCGUAUCCUCCAGCUACAAUCACCUGGCUGAAGGAUGGCAAUCUUUUAGAAUCAAACAGAAAUAUCCGCAUUUUGCCAGGUGGUCGAACCCUGCAGAUUCUAAAUGCACAGGAGGACAACGCUGGAAGAUACACCUGUAUAGCCACAAAUGAGGCCGGAGAGACUUUGAAACACUAUGAAGUGAAAGUCUACAUUCCACCCACCAUUAACAAAGGGGAUAUCUCAGGGAUGGGCCUCUCCCCUAAAGAAGUGAAGAUCAAAGUAAACCGCAGCCUUAUUCUGGAGUGUGAAGCUCACGCCGUUCCUGCUGCUGCCAUCAGCUGGUACAAGGAUGGACAGCCACUGAAGGCAGAUGAUCACGUCGUCAUCCAGGCUGGUGGCCGUACUCUGCAGAUUAAGGAGGUUCAGGUAUCAGACACCGGUCGUUACACUUGUCUGGCAUCCAACAUUGCUGGAGAGGAUGAAGUUGAGUUUGAUGUAAAUAUCCAAGUUCCUCCUAGUUUCCAAAAGCCCUACAAGGACUGGGAGGCGGGUAACACGGUCGAUACAGGACGAGGUGGAGAGAGUAAAGAUGUGAUUGUCAACAAUCCCCUCUCACUGCACUGCGAGACCAAUGCUGUUCCUCCACCAGUGCUUACGUGGUACAAAGACGGCUUUCCUCUGAGCUCCAGUGAUAAAGUAUUAAUAUUACCAGGAGGCCGAGUGUUGCAGAUUCCACGGGCACAGGCUGAAGAUGCCGGGAGAUUCAUGUGUGUGGCGGUGAAUGAAGCCGGGGAGGAUUCCAUUCAUUACGACGUCCGCGUACUCCUGCCACCAGCCAUCAGUGGAGCUGACGGGGAUCUGCCUGCAGAGGUGACUGUGCUUGUGAACAAGGCUGCGGUGAUGGACUGUGUGGCGAGUGGCAGCCCUUCUCCAAGCAUCGCCUGGCAGAAGGACGGCCACCUCCUAGCAGAAGAUGACAAAUACGUGUUUUUGUCCAAUGGAAGGAGGUUACAGGUUUUGAAUUCCCAAAUAACAGAUACAGGCAGGUAUGUCUGCAUUGUGGAAAACAUUGCUGGAAGUGCCAAGAAGUAUUUUAACCUAAAUGUUCAUG